GUUAGUUUUAGUUUCGUGCUCGAGGGUAGAGAGUCAGUGAUUGCGAGACUGCUGCCCAGAGAGGUAUUCUAAGGAGUGAAAGGCUCUUACAUUUUGGACCCAAUGUCAAAGACUGUGUGCACAGUGGUGGUCUACUAGCACUGCAGAACCAUGGCUUGUGAGUCAAGUUUGGAUGAGGCGGCCAUGUCCUCAAUUCCCCUGGUGGCAUUAAAUUAUAAUACCAGGCAUCGGCUGUCUCUGUAUCUGAACCCUGACACCGUGGUGGCUGCAGGAUGGACUCUUCUGGCAGAAGAGAUGGACUAUGACUAUUUGGAGAUCAGGAAUUUUGAAAGAGUUCCGAACCCCACUCUUGCUGUCCUGGAAGACUGGGAGAAAAAGUGUUCACAGCCGACUGUCGGGCGACUCCUGGAACUGUUGAUAAAAAUGGAGAGGCAUGAUAUUCUUACAGACAUUGCGCCUUUAAUAGAGUCUGACUGUAAGAAAUAUUUGAAGAGGCAGCAUAGAGUGCAGCCACCUCUCCAAGAUGACACUGUGGGCAGCAGUGGGGGUACAGAUUCCUCAGUAUCAGUGCCAGAAAGCUUUGAUGCUUUCAUCUGCUACUGUCCUCAGGAUAUUAAAUUUGUGCAGGAGAUGAUCAGGCGAUUGGAGCAGACUGAACAUAGGCUGAAGCUGUGUGUCUUUGAUAGGGACGUUCUCCCAGGAACAUGCUUGUGGUCCAUAACAAGUGAGCUUAUAGAAAAUAGGUGUAGGAAGAUGGUGGUGAUUAUAUCUGAUGAUUACCUGGACAGCACAGAAUGCGAUUUUCAGACCAAGUUUGCCCUCAGCCUUGGGCCAGGUGCUCGUGAGAGAAGACUGAUCCCAGUAAAAUAUAAACACAUGAAGAAGUCAUUUCCCAGCAUCCUUCGGUUCAUUACAGUGUGCGACUAUACAAACCCCCACACCCAGAGUUGGUUCUGGGACAGACUCGCCAAGGCCCUUAUGAGAUGAGUGAUGAUGGGGUCAUUGAUUCCUCUUUCAACAUGGUUCUAAAUUUGUUCGCCUUAAGCCUUAUGCAGACAUCCGUGGAACACGGUCCUUGAUAUACCGGAAUGGCAUUGCAGGAGCGCACGGCAUCAUAGCACAUAGCUGUGUGCUCCUGCAAUGCCAGUCCGGUAUCUUACGGACUGUGUUACACGGAUGUCUGCAUGAGGCUUUAAACAGAAGUAUAUCCCAAGUAUAGCCCAUACAGCAGAGGAUCCAUGUAAAGACCAGAUCUGAAGUUCAGAAACUGGAAAUCGUGCAAGGACAGAAGAGCUAGUCCUUCCUAUGUUCUAAAGGAGACCUGCAACAAAGUGUUCUCUGGAAUUAAACCAUACAUUGAAAAUA